AUGCCAUUCUUACCCUUCUCUAUUAUCCGUGGUUUGAGGAGAGAGUUGGAUGGUACAGACGCUGAAAUUCUGACCUGGGGAUGUGAAGGCUAUAUCGACUGCAUAGAGCAAUGGAGUGAAACAUGCAAUACACUUGUGGGCGCGAUGGUCCGGGUCACAUCGGCCGAUGAAGCAGCCAUAGUCGUCCGUUUUGCCACACGCCAUGACGUUCCUUUCGCAGUCAAAGGAGGAGGUUAUUCUACCAGCGGCGCAUCCACAACUCAUGGCGGUAUCGUGUUAGACCUAUGCAGGCUUCGGGAGGUCUAUGUGUAUCCAGACUCCUUGGUUCUCGCGGUCCAAGGUGGGGCGCUGUGGAAAGAUGUAGAUGUUGCAGCCGCACAGUAUAAGCUCGCAGUGGUCGGAAGCACACUUAACCAGAUUGGAGCUGCUGGAGCAACAUUAGGAGGAGGCUAUGGAUGGUUGACCGGCGAGUACGGUCUCGCGAUUGAUAACUUACUUUGGGUGAGGUUGAUCUUGGCCGAUGGCACUAUAGUGAUAGCAUCAGAAGAGCAACACCCAGACUUGUUUUGGGCCAUUCGGGGCGCCGGUCAAUGCUUUGGAGUAGCUGUUGAGUUGGGCCUCCGAGCGCACAUACAAGAUCACCAUGUAUUUGCUGGUACUCUCCUCUUCAACCCGGACAAGUUACCUACGCUUGUCAAUUUCGCCAAUCAGUUCGAGACUAUCACCGACGGUAGGCAGGGUUUCUGGUUUGGUUUCGCUAUGCAGCCGUCUAUGACUGAAUGCUCCGUUUUGGUGGUAGUUUUCUAUAAUGGCACUCAGGCUGCCGCACAAAAGUUUUUUUCUCCGAUUUUGUCGCUCGAGUCCUUAAAGAGUGGAACGCAGAUGCUCCCAUACGACAGCCUCAACGGUGUACUAGACAGGGCGAGUUUUGUGGCGCACCGAGGACACCGUUCAAGGGUCGAUAUCAAGUAUCCUGCCGAUAUGAGAGUGGGUCCUCGAAAAAGCCUUAGAGGUUCAAAUAUCACGCUUCCUCUGGAUGUCGCUUUUGUGCUGUCAAUAUACGAGGCAUUUGAUAGUCUGUUGAAAAACUAUCCGCAAACAAGGGACACCUAUGCCAGCCGCGGUCAUUACUACAACGUCAGCACCCUCUUUGAAUGGAAUGAAGCACAUCUUGAUGACAAGAUCCGCGCGCUACAGAAGAAUUUGAUGGACCGGAUCGGAGUACUCGCGGGGAUUGAAAGGCAGCCGAAUUACAACAUGUCCGAACAUGGAACCGGGCUAUAUGCGAAUUAUGCUGGUCAUGAUGUGCCGAUCAAGCGAAUUUUUGGAGAGAACCUUCCCCGUCUGCGAGAAUUGAAGAAAAAGUACGACCCACAUAAUACGUUCAGGAAAUGGCACAAUCUUAACGCGCUUGUCGAUUCUCCGGAAUGA